GGCAGGCAACGCAAAGGAAAGGACAGGGGGAAUUUAGGCUGUGUCCCGUAUUUGGACUAAGCAAGACUAGACUACAGCUUUCCUUUUGACAUGAAGCGAGCUCCUCUGUAACCUUCAACAAGGACCCGAAUUUUUAACGGCUAACUUACGGGCUGUUGGAACUCUCGAACUAACCGUCGUUUUGAACUGUGAAGAAACUAAAGAGACAUUUGGUUUCUGGGCGAAGAAUGGGAUUUAAAGAACAUAUCUGCCAGCUCUGAGUUGUGAAAACAAGGGGAUAUUUUCCAUUUGGAUGAAAAAAUAACCAUAUCGUCGAAAGGGGCCGAAUUCGGUUAAGCUGUGUUAACACUGUGCAUAUUAUAUAUGAUCUCCUGGGAAAAGGGGGGCAAUUAUGGCAUUUAGGAACGGAGAAAAGUAGCGUUAACGUUAGCGCUCUGGCUAGCUAAAUAGCUAACCUAGCAGGCUGCUAACUAAGCCUGUGUCGCCCUUCCAUUCCUGGAGCAGAGGAGGGGCGCUGGGGCUUUGUAGCAUUGCAGAUCUGCCUUGCAUUUUUGGGUUGCUGCAAGAAUGGAGAAUCCCAUAGAUCUGCCACAACAACUCAGGGGGAUCUGUUGAACCGCAUCGACUCGGUUAUUUUCCAUUUUCCACACAGAGGACACCAGAAAGUUCCAUCAAACGUUGGGGAUUUCAUCAAAAUCUGCCGGCCCGGGGCAGCCAGGGUCUGUAAUUGUGACUACUUCUUUUCUUAUGCACCCUCUGGGGAUAGGUAUUAUAAAAUGGGGAAGUGCUACACGUCUUAUCCACCUCCUAGAUACUGGAUCUCGAGAGGGCGAUCAUGAAUAGGUCGGUUUUAACGUGGAAUUAGCUCCGGCUUGCCCUCUAUUCAAAGUUUUAAUAUUUUCGAGACAUAUUCAAGGUGAGAAAACUUCUUUACAGGCCCCUCUGCGCUAACUAACAGGCCGAGGAGGUGUUUGCUAACCCCCCUCUCACCUCCUCCAUCAUCAUUACUUCAAAAACCAACAAGCCGGAAUAAUGUCGGGAGAGGUGCGUUUGAAGAAGCUGGAGAAGCUUAUCCUGGACGGGCCAGCUCAGUCCAAUGGCCAGUGCCUGAGUGUGGAAACGCUGCUGGAUAUCCUGGUUUGCCUCUACGAUGAGUGCAAUAACUCCCCGCUCAGGAGAGAGAAAAACAUCCUGGAGUUUUUGGACUGGGCCAAACCCUUCACGUCCAAAGUGAAGCAGAUGCGCCUUCAUAAAGAAGACUUUGAAAUCCUUAAGGUGAUUGGACGAGGAGCCUUUGGAGAGGUUGCAGUCGUAAAAGUGAAAAACACUGACAAGGUAUUCGCUAUGAAGAUUCUCAACAAGUGGGAGAUGCUGAAGCGAGCCGAGACGGCAUGUUUUCGGGAGGAGCGUGACGUGUUGGUGAAUGGGGACGGUCUGUGGAUUACCACCCUGCACUAUGCCUUCCAGGAUGACAAUAAUUUGUAUCUGGUCAUGGACUACUAUGUGGGUGGUGACCUGCUGACUCUGCUCAGUAAGUUUGAGGACCGACUGCCGGAGGAGAUGGCCAAGUUCUACCUGGCUGAGAUGGUGCUGGCCAUCGAUUCUGUUCAUCAGCUACACUACGUCCACAGGGACAUUAAGCCCGACAACCUUCUGCUGGACAUGAACGGCCACAUCCGCCUGGCCGACUUUGGCUCCUGCCUCAAACUCAUGGAGGACGGGACGGUCCAGUCCUCUGUGGCAGUGGGGACUCCAGACUACAUCUCCCCAGAAAUCCUCCAGGCCAUGGAGGAUGGGAAAGGCAAGUAUGGGCCUGAGUGCGACUGGUGGUCCCUGGGCGUCUGCAUGUAUGAAAUGCUGUACGGCGAGACCCCUUUCUAUGCAGAGUCCCUGGUGGAAACCUAUGGGAAGAUCAUGAACCACAAGGAGCGAUUCCAGUUCCCACAGCAGAUAUCGGACGUGUCAGAGGAUGCAAAGGAUCUGAUUCGCCGGCUCAUUUGCAGUCGAGAGCACCGACUAGGCCAGAACGGCAUUGAGGACUUCAAGCAGCAUCCCUUCUUCAUUGGCAUUGACUGGGACAACAUCCGCACAUGUGAGGCCCCAUAUAUCCCAGAGGUCAGCAGUCCUACAGACACAUCCAACUUUGAUGUGGAUGAUGACUGUCUGAAGAACUCGGAGACCAUGCCCCCUCCCUCUCACACUGCCUUCUCUGGCCACCACCUGCCCUUUGUGGGCUUCACCUACACAAGUAAAUGCAACCUAUCUGACCGGGGUUGCCUGCGACAGCUGGGAGGGGAGCCGGGUAAGGUAGUUCAGGACCAGUUGGACCUGGAUGUCCAGCGAAGCCUGGAAGACAGCCUGGCCACCGAGGCCUACGAGAGAAGGAUCCGUCGCCUGGAGCAGGAGAAACUAGAGCUGAGCCGUAAACUGCAAGAGUCGACUCAGACCGUGCAGGCGCUGCAACAUCCAACAGGAGAGGGCCCCAUCAGCGCUAACAGGGAGGUGGAGAUUAGGAGUCUGAAGAGCGAGAUCGACAUCCUCAAGAAGCAGAUCGCUGACUCGGGACAACUGGAGAAGCAGCUGGAGGAUGUGACUUUGGCCCGCAGAGACCUGGAGGACUCAUCUAAACACGUUAAAACUCUGGAGAAACAGAUGAAGAGCAUUACACAGGAGCGAGACGAUCUGCACAAGGACCUUGUGGAGGCCAGCGAGAAGCUGAAGUCUCAGUCGAAAGACCUGAAGGAAGCUCACAGUCAGAGGAAACUGGCCAUGCAGGAAUUUUCAGAGCUCAAUGUGAGACUCACAGACCUCAGGUCGGACAAGCAGCGCCUGGUUCGCCAGUUGCGCGAUAAGGAGGAGGAGAUGGAGAGCCAGAGUCAGAAGGUAGAGGCUCUCCGCCUUGAGGUGCGAAAGGCCGAGAGGGCCAAGAAAGAGAUGGAGGCGCAGGCAGAGGAGCAGGCAGGAGAGGCUCAGAAAGAGAGGAAGCUGAGAGAGCGGAAUGAGCAGUACAGCCGACAGCUGGAGGAGGAGCUGGAGGGGCUUAAGCUGAAGCAGGCCGGUCCCUCUGCCACUCCGGCCUCGGCUGACCAGACCCAGGAGGUGGGACGUCUGCGAGGAGACUUGGAGAAGAAGACGCUCCUGUACGAGGAGGAAUUGGCUCGUAGGGAGGCUCAGCACAGCACCGAGCUGAAGACCCUGCGCAAGGAGCUGAGGGACGCUGAGAGCCAGCAGCUCGCCCUGCAGAAAGAAAUCCUGAUGCUUAAAGACAAGCUGGACAAGACUCGCCGUGAGAGUGAUGAUUCCAUGAGCCAAAGCGAACGGGAAGAGUUUGAGACCGAGUACAAGCAGAAGUAUGAGAGGGAAAGAGUCCUGCUUAUUGAAGAAAACAAGAAGCUGUCCAGUGAACUGGAUAAGCUUACAAGCAUGUUUGAGAAGGUGAGCAGCUCCAACCGGCAGCUGGAAGAUGAGAUGAGGGAGCUGGCUGACAAAAAGGAGAGUGUAGCUCACUGGGAGGCGCAAAUCACAGAAAUCAUUCAAUGGGUGAGUGAUGAGAAGGAUGCUCGGGGCUAUCUGCAGGCUCUGGCCACUAAGAUGACAGAAGAGCUGGAGGGACUGAGAAACACCAGCCUAGGAGCCAGAGCCACGGACAUGCCGUGGAAGAUGCGCCGUUUUGCCAAGCUGGACAUGUCGGCCCGUUUGGAGCUGCAAUCGGCCUUGGACGCUGAGAUCAGGGCCAAACAGGGCAUCCAGGAUGAACUGAACAAAGUCAAGGCCAACAACAUCUCCACAGAAUGCAAACUGCAGGAGGUGGAGAGUAAAAACCAGGAGCUUCUGGCUGAGAUCGACCGGCUGAAAAAGGAGACAGAGGAGCUUCGGCUACGAAGGGGUGUCAAGCACCAAGAUUCCCAGAAUUCCUUCUUGGCUUUUCUCAACGCCCCCACCUCAGCACUUGACCAGUUUGAUCGCUCGCCGUCGGUUGGCCCAGCUAGCAAAGGCAGACGUGUGGACUCUAUGGAUAACUUCACCCCCUCCAACACUCCAUCCCGGGAAGAUGACCCUAAGGCCCACCUCAAGUCCCGCUCACGUUCACCCUCCAUGGCUAGUGAUAUGGAGCCUAUAGAGUUGAUAGACCAUCCUCCUCGCACAGUCCAGACCCCCACCAUGCGUUCAGGAGGGUACGGCAGCAUUGGACGCUCCUCACCUAAGCCCAAAGCACAUCAGUUUGUGGUUAAGACAUUCAACACGCCCACUAAGUGUAACCAGUGCACUUCCCUCAUGGUGGGGCUCAUACGUCAAGGUUGUACCUGUGAAGUGUGUAACUUCUCCUGCCACGUAACAUGUGCGGACAAAGCUCCGGCUGUGUGUCCCGUACCCCAGGACCAGACCAAGGGCCCGCUGGGUAUCGACCCUCAGAGGGGCAUCGGUACUGCGUAUGAAGGGCACGUCAGGGUGCCCAAACCGACAGGGGUGAAGAAGGGCUGGCAGAGGGCGAUGGCUGUGGUGUGUGACUUCAAACUGUUCCUCUACGAACUGGGAGAAGGAAAAGCAACACAGCCAAGUGUAGUCGUCAGCCAAGUCAUAGAUAUGAGGGAUGAGGAGUUUUCAGUCAGUUCUGUCCUGGCCUCUGAUGUCAUCCACGCCAGCCGCAAGGACAUCCCCUGUAUAUUCAGAGUUACAGCCUCCCAGCUCUCCCCCUCCAGCAGCCACAAGCCCUCCAUCCUGAUCUUGGCCGACAGCGACCAGGAGAGGAACAAAUGGGUGGGCCUCCUCAACGAGCUCCACCGCAUCCUCAAGAAGAACAAGCUCAAGGAACGCUUCGUCUACAUCCCCAAGGAGGCUUAUGACAGCACCCUGCCGCUCAUCAAGACAACACAGUCUGCUGCUAUCAUAGAUCACGAGCGUGUGGCCCUUGGCAAUGAGGAAGGCCUGUUUGUCAUCCAUGUCACCAAAGAUGAAAUAAUCCGGGUGGGAGACAACAAGAAGGUGCACCACGUUGACCUGAUCCCCCAGGAGCAGCUGCUGGCCGUCAUCUCCGGCAGGAACCGCCACGUCCGUCUCUUCCCGACGCAGGCGCUGGACGGCCGAGAGACCGACUCCUACAAGCUGGCUGAGACGAAAGGCUGCCAGACCAUCGUCUCCGGCCCCGUACGCAACGGCUCGCUCACCUGCCUGUGUGUGGCCAUGAAGAGACAAAUCAUCUGCUAUGAGGUGAAUAAGAGUAAAGCGCGCCACCGUCGGUUGCGAGAGGUGCAGGCCCCCGGCCCGGUUCAGUGGAUGGGUCUGCUCAGUGAGCGUCUCUAUGUGGGCUAUCAGUCUGGCUUCACCCGCUACAGUGUCCAUGGCGACAUGUCUCCGGUCAGCCUGCUCCAUCACGAGGACCACACCCUGGCCUUCAUCCCCCAGCAUAACCUGGACGCCCUCUGCGCUGUGGAGAUCUCCAGCAAAGAGCUGCUGCUGUGCUUCAGCUCCAUCGGGGUGUACGUGGACUCUCAGGGCCGCAGGUCGCGUCAGCAGGAGCUGAUGUGGCCAGCUACACCACAGGCAGCCUGCUACAACGCCCCCUACCUGUCAGUGUACAGUGAGAACGCUGUUGAUGUGUUUGAUGUCAACACCAUGGAGUGGAUUCAGACCAUCCCUCUGAAGAAGGUGCGACCUCUGAACGUUGACGGCUCUCUGAACCUGCUGGGACUGGAGACAGUCCGGCUUAUCUACUUUAGAAACAAGAUGGCCGAGGGUGAUGAGCUGGUCGUCCCGGAGACGUCAGACAACAGCAGGAAGCAGAUGGUGCGCAGCAUGAACAACAAGAGACGCUUCUCCUUCAGGGUGCCUGAGGAAGAGCGACUUCAGCAGAGGAGAGAGAUGCUGCGAGAUCCAGAGAUGAGGAACAAGCUGAUCUCCAAUCCCACCAACUUCAACCAUGUGGCCCACAUGGGACCAGGAGACGGGAUCCAGAUCCUUAAAGACCUGCCCAUGAACGUCCGUGUUCAGGAGAGCCGUGCGGGCUUCAGCGGCUCCGUCAGCAUCCCCUCCAUCACCAAGAACCGGGCCGAGCCAGGCCGCUCCAUGAGCGCCAGCAGCGGACUGGGCAUACGCUCGUCCUCCCAGAAUGGCAGCGCUCUGCGCAGAGAGCUGUCAGGAGGAAGCUACGGAUCUAAACGUCAGACCAUGACCUCCCCCUCUGAGAGCUCCCUGUCCUCUGGUGGAGGAAUGGACUGUGGUGAUGCUCCCCUCUCACAGUUUGACAGAGAGUGGCAGGCAGUCUCACCGUCGGAGAAGACCCCCGAUCUGAAAAGGGCUUUAAGGACCCUGCUUAGUAAGAUGAAGGACUCGGACUCCCCCCGUCACUCCACGGCCUCCAACAGCUCCACCUUCAGCAGCCCUCCCAGCCCGGCCUCCCCACACAAGACCAAGUCCCUGUCCCUGGAGAGCACAGACCGGAUGGGCUGGGACACAUGAGCCCCCCCCACCCACCCCCCUCACCCCAUCCCACCCCACCCCACCCCUCCAGCCUCUCGCCCGCCCAACCCCACCGACCGACCGACCGACAGCACAGGACUCCAAACCUUCCUCCUCUUCUUCUUCUUCUUCUUCUUCUACUUCCUCCUCCACCGCAGGCCUCUCGCCUCCUUUCUGAAUAUUCCCCCUCUGUGCCCAGAGAACUGCACCUCCUGUCGCCGCCCUCCCCCCCUCCUGAUGAACAUUUGUCCCACUUUACAACCUCAGUUUGUCUCUCACCGUACUUCCAACGUGGGGCAGCGACACUAAGAGCGAGUCUGUCGUCUCUUUGAGGGAAAUCUAAAUUAGUGGUAGUGCUGAUGUGUGAGGGUGAACGUGCGCGUGUGUGUGAGAGAGGCUGUGCGCGCUCGCCAGCGUGUGUGCAUGUGUUUGUUCAGAAAGGGCAAAUGAUAUAGGAAUGAAAAACUCCCGUCUUGGCUCUUUAUGCUGAGCGAGGGUGACACCGCUCUGCCCCCCCCCACCCCCCCCUCAAUGAGAUCGAUCCAGACUCAUGAUGCAACAAAAACAAGAAGAGGAUUAUUAUUGAGAGAAAAUGAUUUGUACUUGUACAUAGGACCCUUUGGGUUUUAGGGGACAAUAUUUUAAUUUAUUUAUCAAUCUUAGACAAGGAAAGGGAGGUUUGCUUCUUUAUGGCCUGAAGCAGAUGGGUGGAGUUUAAACCCCUCCUCACUUCCCUCAGUCGCUUUCUCUUUGGGUGCUGCAAAAAUCAGAAAAGUAAAAAAAAAAAAAAAAAAAAGAGAGAGAAAGUAAGGAAAUCAGUGAUUUUUCUUUUUUUAUUUUGCUCAUGAUACUAAGUGCAGUGACUUUAUAAUAUUUUUUAUUUUGACCAUCAGUAAAAAAAAAAAAAAGAAAAGAAAAGAAAAAAAAAAAAGAAGCUACAAGCAGCGUCAAUAAUAACGGCUCGUAUGACAUCAUCACAGCUCCUCCUACUGUGCUACUCUCUUCCGCAUUGGUCCACUGCAAGUGUGACAUCAUCCAGCAGCCCUGGAUGGACGUGUCCGCCAUCGUAGCGUAGAUGUUCCACUUCGCUGUGCAACCAAACCGACCAACUCACAGACUCCCAUCACAAUAAUGUACAUAGGUUCAAAGUAGAGAGUAAUAUAUGAUAAGGAAAAUACUGUAGAGAUCUACACGGGAAAGAAAAAAAAUCCUCUUUGAUUUUUAUUGUUUGUUUUUCUUUUGAGUGAUUUGAGGUUGUAUUCACACACAAAAAGCCAUUUUAAACUUCUUUCCAGUUUUCUUUUUUUGUACCAUUUGAAUUUAGAUUUGUUUGUUUUUUUUAUUGUAUGUAUGACACGCGUUGUGUGUUGUUUUUUUUUUUCCUUUUUCUUCUCCCCACUCGGUUUGCAUUUGAGUGAAGAAACCGGAUUGACACUACUGCCCGUACUGUAGAGUGAACACAUGCAUUUAUCACAAACCUCCUAUCACACAUGUAUCUACACACUGAGGUGGUGUUUUUACGCAGCAAAUGCCUUGUCCUGCUCCUCCUCUGGCUGCCAGAGGUGAAGCGGCUCUGAUCAUUUAAUCAACAGUUAAUAUAUGUGUGUGCGUGUGUUUCUAAAUUCGCUGUGGUACCUGGAUGGAAGCGGUCAGUCCCUCCACCGAGAGAUCAGCUCGAUUUAACCAAAAAUGGACAAAAAGAGGGAGACUGAGGCGUUAUUUUGUCUUUCUCACAGCCUUUGCUUCUUCUGAAGAAUGUUUUAAUGAUUAAGCGACAUUUGUAAGAGCUCUUAAUUACAAAAAAAAAAGGAAGCUAAAAUAAGAAUGUAAAGCUGCGAGAAAGUCAGCACUUGGGUUUGUGUUUGUCUUGAUUAAAUAAGCUCAGUGCUGCCCGGCGUUGUCUGUGAAAUUAACAGGGCUGGAUGUGGACGCCUCCCUCCAGGCGGUUUUUCUUUGGCAGAAUGGAAAAUGCCUCUGAAAGAGCUUUUUUUUUUUUGUUCCCGGUGUGGCGGCUCCCGGCUGCAGAGCAGGGCAUUCACAGCCAAAAACCUGUUACCUCUGUUCAUCUCCUUCAGUUUACAGACAGUGAAAACAAGGAGGAAUCGAAUCAUGAGGCAGAAUGUGCAUGGAGCUGAAAAAGUCCUGACGUCAAACACUAACUCCACUGUGGUUGUAAUGUGGUAUUAUCUGUUAAAAAAAAGAAAAAAAAAAAGAAAGAAUGCACAGUCUGUGUUCACUGUUAGUGACAGUGCAGAGAAACCUGGUCCUCCUCUGUGGGAGCUGACAGUACAGUGUCCUGGGUCACGAUCCUCCGGUUUAUUCCGCUUGUCUUGUUUGUUAGAAAGGGAAACAAAAACUUGAGUACUUCGGUGCACAUUCCUGCCGAUCCUGCCCUGUUGAGACUCAACAAAGUAGCUCUAAACAGCCCAUUCCAAGUGUUUUAUUUAGUGUUUUAUACGAGGAGAGAAAGGUUUGGAGCGCCAGAGUGCGACUAAGCUGGUUUUAUUCCAAACAACCGCCUCUUAGAAACUUUUUAAACUAGCGACUCUCCUUAGUUCCUGCUGGAGUUUAUCUGUAGAAUGUAUUCGCUGGAGGAGAGGAAGCUGUCUCAGCCAGGUGUUUUAUUAUUGGCCAAUAUUGUACAGAAAAGCUGAUCCCAGAUAUCCCAGUUUGAGGAGAGGGGAAGAGAAACUCAGGAAACGUCAGAACCAAUGAAUUAUUUUCAUUUAGAUGAGAAUGGGCGUGUUAGAGGUUUGUUUGAUGGAUGGAUGGAUGGAGGAGUGAUUGAGUGAAGGGAAUCUGGCUGUAGUGUACAGUAGAUGUGAGCCGGGUGGAGACAGCAGGAAGAACGGGUGGUGAGGACUAGAAGAUAGAAAAUGAUGAAAUGUAUCAGGGGUGAAGGGUGACAGGUGAUUUGAUGGCUGAGGUGCCACAGUGGUAACAAGAGGAAGAAAACCUAAAAAAAAAAUCAAACGCCUUUGCAUUUCAGUGAGGUCUUAUCCACAGUACCUUCUAUAUUAUUUUGCUCUUUCAUAUCAUAUUACACUUUGUUUUUUUUUUUUCUAGGAUUGCUUUGUAAUAAUUUGUACAGUUUUGCAUGUUAUAGAUGUAAUCAUUUUUGUUUUCGGUUUGUUGUUUUACUUGGACUUGCUCCUUUUUGAACGGUUUGGGCGUUUUACUGAGGAUAACCCACUACAGGUGAUGUAGAUUCUUUUUUGCACAAAAAAAAAUAUUUAAGGUGUAAGGUCAAAACAAAAAAUAAUGUAUGGAACUGGCUGCCACACUUAUGUGGAGAACUCAUUAUAUUAACCUGACUCCGAUGUAUUUCAAUAAAGCGGAGGGCUGUUACAAAUACA